GAUGAAGCCAGACAGAGCGCGGUCCCCAAGGGCCUGGAAGACUGACUCACACAGCCGUUACUGGUUGUGCUGUCUCAGCAUCCCACCAUGGUUCUAAUGGGAAAAUUGAGUUGUCUAUGGACCUUAAUUCUCUUUCAGGUAGUCAGAGACUCUUCCCCCAAGAUACCAUCCAUCACGGACAGGGAUUUUAUAGACCAGUGUGUCAGGACCCACAAUGAAUUGCGUGGCAAAGUCUCACCCCCAGCAGCCGACAUGAAAUACAUGACUUGGGAAGCCGCCUUAGCGAAGGUUGCCAAAGCAUGGGCAGACAAGUGCAAAUUUGAACACAACAGCUGUUUACCAAAACAAUAUGGAUGCCAUGCAAUGUUCCAAUAUAUUGGAGAAAAUAUCUGGUUAGGUGGAUUGAGAAUAUUUUCACCAAAAUUUGCUGUUAACUCUUGGUAUAAUGAAACUGCAUUUUAUAAUUUUGAUACGUUAUCAUGCUCCUUAAUUUGUGGCCAUUAUACACAGGUAGUUUGGGCCAAAUCAAAGAGAGUUGGUUGUGCAAUUUCAUUAUGCCCUAACUUGGGAAACGAUCAAACAUCAAUAUUUGUAUGCAACUAUGCACCUCCGAGGCGCAGACACAGAUGCAAAGUGGAAUUCAGCAUCUCAGUGCAUACCAUAUACAGCAAUGUGCCUAAUUUACAGUCUUCUGAGGGUAUUCUAAUCAGCAUGUAUAUGCAAAAUAAUUUCUCAGAUAUGACAAUAAAAGAACAGUCUAUGACAAAAUAUAACUUUCAUCUGUUUAAUUAUCAAAACUUCUACACCCUUAUCUGGUAUCCAAAUUUAAUGUUUUUGUAA